UUUUGAAAACGUGGCCCCCUCAACCAUAACCUUGUGAAGAAAAAGGAUAAAGAGGUUCUCCUCUCUAUAAAUGUGGUGAUAGUGGGAGUGCUUGUGGAAACUUAUCGGCCACACGGAAGGUCCUCCAAUGGCGACGCCUGUGAAAGUGUACGGACCACCCAUGUCCACCGCUGUAUCUAGAGUUUUGGCCUGCCUCCUGGAGAAAGACGUGAACUUCCAACUCAUCCCCGUCGACAUGUCCAAAGGCGAACACAAGAAACCAGAUUACCUCAAAAUUCAGCCCUUCGGCCAAGUCCCAUCUUUCCAAGACGAGAGCAUCUCCCUCUUUGAGUCCAGAGCCAUAUGUCGGUACGUAUCGGAGAAGUACGCAAACCAGGGGAACAAGCGCUUAUACGGGACAAACCCACUAGAGAAAGCUUCCAUAGAACAGUGGCUUGAAGCGGAAGGGCAAAGCUUCAACCCACCAAGCUCAGCUCUGGUGUUUCAGCUGGCGUUCGCGCCCCGAAUGAAGCUGAAACAAGACUUGGGUGUGAUCAAGCAGAGCGAGGAGAAGCUGGCUAAGGUUCUCGACGUGUACGAGCAGAGGCUCGGCGAGAGCCGUUUCUUGGCCGGCGAUGAGUUCACACUGGCUGAUCUUUCUCACCUGCCUAAUACGCAGUACCUGGUGAGUGUUACCGAGAAGGGAGAGAUGUUUACGAAGAGGAAGAAUGUGGGUCGGUGGUGGAGUGAGAUAUCGGGAAGAGAUUCGUGGAAGAAAGUGGUUGAUUUGCAGAAAGCGCCGCCUCCCAAGAGCGCCUGAAAUGGAUCUUUCUGUGAAUCAGAUCUUUUGAUGCGGUUCUGAGACUAUGCAUUUGGCUUCAGUUGUUUAUUUUCUGUUAUGGAGAUGUCUUCAAUUUAGUGUUUUCCUGAGAUUUCUGGUGCUUUGCUGUUUAAUUUUGGGAUGUGGGUUUAGACAAUCUUUUCAUCCUUUGGUGAUCUUAUUUCUGUUGAA